AUGCCACCGCGAAUACCCCUCCUCGCCGCCCUACGGCAACCCUCCACUCUCUUCAAAUCCCAAACCGCCAACAUAUCCAGCACCAGCCCACGCGAAGUCAUCCGCAGAGACCUCCCCAGCGUAACCUCCAACCUCCUCGACAUCGACGACUCCACCCCCAAAAAUUCCACCGCCGCCGCCGCCGACAUCUACGACCGCCUGCGGCAUACCGUCGCGCGGCGCGUCGCCCUCGAAGAGGAGCUGCGCCAGAACAACAAGGCCGAGGAUUACUUGCGCCAGCUACCCCGCCGCUGGCGCACCGGCGACAUCUACGCCCCUCACGACAUGAGCUCCGCCGAGAUGACCAAGUGGCGCCGCACACAGGCUCGCAAGAAGGACCUCGUCGAUAUCCUCGGUCUGCGGCCGCUAGAUAUGUAUCGCAAUUUCUCUGUCGUAUCAGAAUACAUGACGCCGCACGGGAGGAUAAAGCGCGCAGUCGAUACGGGAUUACGGCCGGCGAACCAGCGGAAGAUGGCCAAGGCCGUACGGCGGGCCAUCGGUCUCGGCAUCCAUCCCAGCGUGCAUCACCACCCGGAGAUUCUAAUCCGGGAGAACGCCAGAUACUACGAGCAGGUCUCCGCGACAGUCAACAGAAACGUCAAGUCUUGA